CAGAGUCAUGCACGAUUAGUCUGCUUUGCAUGGGAAUGAAGAAGCUAGCUAGCAAGCAAGCAAGGAACGCUAAGAAAGCAGUGAGAGUGAGGAGAGACCAUGAGAGUGCUUUUGGCUAUGGUGGAACUGCUUCUAAUAACUAUAAGUUUAACGGCCAUAGUUACAGAAGCAAGAAGCAACCCACAUCACAGAAGCCACCACCUAGGAGGAAAUGCAGAAGAAGAGAAGAUAAGAAGCAGCCACCACCACCACCACCACCACCACAGGAGCAGAAGCAGUAGUAGUAGUGGAUGGAGAUCGAGAAAGAUAAGGAAGAUUUGUGAUCCGUUAUAUCAGUAUCUCUUUGAUAGUUGUGGCCAAUGGCCUUUCCCUCGCUAUCCUUCCCCUGACAACCCUUUCCUUACAACGCCGCCGCCUCCUCCUCCUAUACCAUGUUGUGUCAUGCCUCCGCUGCCAUCAAUACCAGUUUUCUCACCUCCAUCACCUCCUCCUCCAGAAAUUCUGUUGCCAGCUCCUCCACUAGUACCUUCACCCCCUCCUCCAGUAAUUCUGUUACCACCUCCUCCGCUAGUACCUUCACCCCCUCCUCCAGUGAUUCUGUUACCACCUCCUCCGCUAGUACCUUCACCCCCUCCUCCAGUAAUUCUGUUACCACCUCCUCCGCUAGUACCUUCACCCCCUCCUCCAGUAAUUCUGUUACCACGCCCGCCACUAGUUCUUUCACCCCCACCACCACUACUAUCACUUCUGCCACCGAUAGUGGCUACUCCAACACUGCCGAUCCUCCUUUCACCACCACCACCUAUUGUGACAGAGGAACCGCUACUUCCUCCUCCACCAUUCUUGCUUCUGCCACAACCUCCUGAUUUUUCACUGCCGCCACCAGUAACCACACCGGAACAACCAGAACCUGUGUUUUCUCCGCCACUACUCUUGCUGCCUCCACCGCAGGAACCUGAUGGCCCUCUUCUCCCACCACCACUUCUGCCAUUUUCUCCUCCUCAACAGCCAGACACAUUCACUCCGCCAAUUGUGUGGUCACCUUCUGCACCCGUUGAGACACCUACGUUUCCUAUCCCGGAUCAGCCAGAUCUUCAUCCACCACCACCGGUGGUACCCGAUAUCCCACCGGAGCAGCCAGACCUUUAUCCACCGCCACUGGUGGAACCGGAAUUCCCACCGGAGCAGCCAGACCUUUAUCCACCGCCACUGGUGGAACCGGAUUUCCCACCGGAGCAGCCAGACCUUAAUCUACCUCCACCGGUGGUACCGGAUAUCCCACCGGAGCAGCCAGACCUUUAUCCACCGCCCCUGGUGGAACCGGAUUUCCCACCGGAGCAGCCAGACCUUAAUCUACCUCCACCGGUGGUACCGGAUUUCCCACCGGAGCAGCCCGACCUUUAUCCACCGCCAACGGUGGAACCGGAUUUUCCACCGGAGCAGCCAGACCUUAUUCUACCUCCACCAGUGGUACCGGAUAUCCCACCGGAACAGUCAGACCUUUAUCUACCACCACCGGUGAUACCAGAUAUCCCUCCAGAGCAGCCAGACCUUUCUCUACCGCCACCGGUUAUACCAGAUAUCCCUCCGGAGCAACGCUUUUGAAGGUGAGCCUGUGCAGCCUCUGCCACCGAUCGUUCCUUCAUCUUAACUUACCACCAUAUAUACAACUAUUAUCUGAUUGAUAAGAAUCCAUGAAUCUCUGCUCAUCAUCCAUCAGAGGCUCGGUUGGGCUGGAAAUAUAAGAGGUGGGUUCAUGGGUUGUGACUUGUGAUUGCCUUCUCCAUCUCUUCUAUUUUAUGUAAUCCUUACAAUGUUUCAUAACUUCGUUUUAGUUAUUCGGACGACUUACAUUUUGACUUUUUACAGUCAAUAAGUCUAAA